AUGGCGCAGAGUCGUGUUACCGAUUUCUAUGCGUGCCGUCGCCCGGGCCUGACUACUCCACGGGCCAAGUCGACCUGUCUCACCCCGAGCCCUGGUGGGCUCGUGGCUCCUGAGAUCACCCGGAGCAGCAGCCGCAAGCGCGCCCGGCCCCCCGCCGAACCCGGGAGCGACCUGCCCGCGCCGCCCGCGCGCCGGAGGCUACGGCUGCCUGGAUUGGACUCCUGCGCCAGUUCCCUAGCUGAUUCCGGCUCCAUACCGAAUCCCAGCCCCCCAGCUGAUCCCAGCCCCCCAGCUGUUCCCAGCCCUCCAGCUGAUCCCAGCCCCCCAGCUGACCUUGGCUUCCCGGUUUGCCCAUCCCCCGUCAAGAGAACAAAGAGUACCGCUGUUUCUGGAGGUCGACAGCGGGACAAGGUCCCCUCAGAGGACUCCAUCUCCGAGCUCCAGUCCUGCCUGAGGCGGGCACGGAAGUUGGGAGCCCAGGCACGGGCCCUGAGAGCCAGAGUGCAGGAGAAUGUUGUGGAGCCUUGUACCCCAGAUGCCAAGGUGUCCACUGAGCAGCCAUGUGUCGAGAAAGCUCCUGCCUACCAGCGCUUCCAUGCCCUGGCCCAGCCUGGUCUCCCGGGCCUUGUCCUACCAUACAAGUAUCAGGUGCUGGCUGAAAUGUUCCGAAGCAUGGACACCAUCGUGAGCAUGCUUCACAAUCGCUCUGAGACUGUGACCUUCGCCAAAGUCAAGCAAGGCGUUCAGGAGAUGAUGCGCAAGCGCUUUGAAGAGCGCAAUGUGGGCCAGAUCAAAACUGUGUAUCCCGCAUCGUACUGCUUCCGCCAGGAGUGCAAUGUCCCCACCUUCAAGGACAGCAUCAAGAGAUCUGAUUACCAACUCACCAUCGAGCCCUUGCUAGGCCAGGAGGCCGGUGGUGCCACCCAGCUCACAGCCACGUGCCUCCUGCAGCGCCGGCAAGUCUUCCGGCAGAACCUGGUGGACCGAGUCAAGGAGCAUCACAAGGCUUUCCUGGCUUCGCUGAGCCCCCCCAUGACGGUGCCAGAAGACCAGCUGACUCGCUGGCACCCGCGUUUCAAUGUAGAUGAGGUACCCGAUAUCGAACCAGCUGAGUUGCCCCAGCCUCCGGUCACAGAGAAGCUCACCACUGCCCAGGAAGUGUUGGCCCGUGCCCGGAGCUUGAUGACACCCAAGAUGGAGAAGGCCUUGAGUAACCUGGCCCUGCGCUCAGCUGAGCCCAGUAGCCCUGGGACCUCUAGUGCAGCACCCCCAGCCACCCCACCAACCACCCCAGCCACCCCACCAACCACCCCACCUGCUGCCUCUCCGAGUGCCCUGAAGGGUGUGUCGCAAGCACUGCUGGAGCGGAUAAGGGCCAAGGAGGUCCAGAAGCAGCUGGCAAGGAUGACGCGGUGUCCCGAGCAGGAGCUUCGGCUGCAGCGGUUAGAACGUUUGCCAGAGCUGGCCCGCGUGCUGCGUGGUGUCUUCGUGUCUGAGCGGAAGCCGGCACUCACUAUGGAGGUUGUCUGUGCAAGGAUGGUGGAUAGUUCCCGAGCUGUCCUGAGCCUAGGGGAGAUGGAGAAACACCUGUUGCUCCUGGCCGAGGUUCUGCCCGACUGGCUCAGCCUGCAUCGAAUUCGCACCGAUACCUAUGUCAAGCUGGACAAAGCUGCUGACCUGGCUGACCUCACUGCGAGGUUGACCCACCAUGUCCACGCCGAGGGGCUGUGACUUUGAAUUCCUUGCCCGAUGUUUGUUUCAUCGGUACACAAAGGCACAUAAGUUUCCCUUUCUGCAUCACAGGCCUAAGGGGGUACCUAUCGCUGGUGUGGGCAGCUGUGGUGCCCGUGGAUCUCAUGAACUGCUGGUGUUACGUUGGUUCCUGAGGCUUUGGGGGUAUUCCAGACUCAGCUCCAGGGGAAGUAGACUCUUGGAGAGUAGGGUAUGUGGAUGCCCAUUCCACAAACUACUCAAGUACUAGGUAUAGUCAAGAUCAAGGUCCGGAUGCAAGCCUAGGCCAGCAUAGCCUCGCCUCUCUAUGCUUCGCCAAACUAUAAGAGCUCAGAGCCUUAAGAAUCAGACAGACCUUGACUUCUGGUUUCACUCUCGAGUGAAAUCAGGCCAUCUGUAAAUAUGUAAAGUUUGAUUUCUCUUUAAACCUUCGAUUACUUACAUAUGGCCCUGCAUGUGACUAAGUUUUGGCUUUUAAUAAAGUCAUGUAAGGUUUAAAUAAAUUACUACCGAGAUUAAACUGAA